UUAGUGCGGAGAGCUCGAAGAUUCCACCGAGUUGGAGAAAAACAAAAGCACAUCUAGCACCCGAUCCGAUCGAUUUACCCUAUUCAACGCAGUUCAACUUACGCACUUCUUUGUACACCAUUAAGAAUGUUUCCUACAAGAGCCCUCCUUCAAGCCGCCCGUGUCACUUUCUUCACCCGCGCCGGCUGCGGGCUCUGCGACACAGCCAAACACACCGUCGUCCAACUGAACAAGCGCAAGCCCUUCAAUUACGAGGAAUUGGACAUCAUGACUCCUUCCAACAAACAAUGGAAAGACAUCUACGAGUUCGACGUGCCCGUUCUCCAUGUCCAGUCUUUCCAAGACCAGCAAAUCUCCGAUCCGAAGAAGCUGUUUCAUCGGUGGACUGAGCAGGAGGUUGAGAACUUGGUCGACGAGGCGGAGAAGACGCAAUAACCGAUACACAUACACAUCGAUAAUACAAUAUGAUAUUCAUAUUAUGCAAGUCGUUCUGUCUGGAUACGAUUGUCUUCCUAUAAAGUGGAGCGGCCAUCUAGGAGCUCGCGGUUUCCAGCGCGUUAGAAAGGAAUGUGGGAAGGGCGACAGCAUCAGCGACAACGGAGACCUACAGAAACAGAACGUUAGCGUUAUUCGCGCGUCUCAGUAAUAUGGCAUCUUACCAUGUGGAAACCCUGGUCCGCGUACUUCUUCGCAGCUGCGCCGCCCGCGCAGUAAAUACCAACUCUCUUGCCAUUAUCCACGGCUG